AUGUACGGCAGCGACAUGGAUAUCACCGUCGAAUAUGUCAACACACGCGCGAAUAUCUCGAUACCAAUAGCUACGAGCACUGAUCUACCUGAUUCCGAGUUUGGCUUUACGUGGGGAGAUGAUUCUACGUGCUCGUGUAAAUCGACACCUCGACCCUGUAUCUUUAUUCACGGUAUGGGAGUUCCUUACGAGCUGCCAGACAAUCAAGACUCAUUGUUUUAUUGGGGAAACCUAACUGGCCACACGCCAUGCUGCACAACAGUCAAGUAUGCAGUGCUUGAUACAAUAAACAACACGUGGACAAACCACUCCCAGCAGCACAAGGUUUGCAAUCGCGCUCUUGCUGUCAGUAAAACCAGCAAAGAUAACGUUAUUUCGGACACUAUCAUCGUCUCACAUUCCAUGGGGAAUCUCAUGCUGGCUGGAGUGAUUGCGUCGGGGAAAUGCAGUCUCGAUUCCAGCUCAACGUGGGUGGGUAUAGCUGCACCUAUGAAGGGAAACCAACUUUCUCAUGCAAAAAUGGCAAAGAACAGUGGACGAUGUCCUCCCACGACAGCGUUAAAGUCCAUGUCAUACGGGGCACAAAAAGACUUCCAAUCCAACGUAUCAGCUCUUAUGUGUAGCACGGAAUCAAAAUUCGGUAAAACCUGGAAAAACCGGUUUUAUAGGACUAAACUUAACCUCUACGACAUACAGUUCAAACAUGGCGAUGGGUUAUUCAGCAAGGCAAUGAUGCCUGUGAAGUGGCUCGAAUGUCUGUUGUAA